AAGCUUCGGAGUUUAAUACAGGCCCUAGGGAAAGAAAAAAAAUAGAUUGCGUUAAGAGAUCCAGACUUGUUUGUUGAUCGGCAUUUGUUAUUUUUCGCCCAGUAUCACUCACCACUCACAAUACUUUUCUGCCAACGAAUUGCAGAACAUUGCAGGCUCCAGUUCACGUUACACCCUUUCAGGUACUGAGUAGGGUCGUAUACUCAUCAACUAUUUUCUUGAGCAUCAACCCAGUCUCUCGGGACAAUUCCAGUAUCAUAAAUACCGCGCUCGGCUGUUUCCGCGAAUACUAUUCCCUAAAUUUUGCGGGUCUGAGUAUUUUGCCUUCUCUUCAGCGUGAUAUUACACCCUUUACCUGCCUCACAUCAUUUACUCUUCCUAAAUCAUUAACAACCUCACACAAUGCCCAGGCCGGGUCGUUUCCAGCUAGCUACGUGUUUGGGAUCUGGGAUAGCCACGGUGGUGGCGCUGUUGUUGCUAGUGGUAUACCUACAUAAUGGCUUCGACAUCAUUCUUCUCCUUACCGUCGUAUCUGGCUUCCUUAUACCAGUAACCGGUGUUAUUGCCAGCAUUGCACCUCUCUUCCGCGCCAAAAGUCUUGGCCCCGCCUCCUAUAUCGUCUAUGCCCUCGCCGGAGGGUUCUACUUGGUUGCUGGUGUGAUGUUCAUCUCACGUGUGGUCAAUCAGGCAUAUCAAUUCCACUCCCAUCCCUUCUGGAAAGAUAUCGUAGUGCCUCUUUUCAUCAUCAACCAGUUCAUUUUCGGAGUUUCCGUUUCCAGCGGUCUCGGAUCCCUUCAGAUCGUCGCCUUUAGCGAAACCCGGUCUUCCCUUCCUCCUCUUGACGAGGAAGCCGCAGAUCUGGUUCAGUUCUACUCCACGGAGUACCAAUGUGAUGAGAAAGCCGGUUCCGACUCUAAGCCAAAGCCGUAUAUCUUGCAAACGUCCGACGAUGACGUCCAUACGAUGAUCGAGUCUUCUCUUAUCAAGCACCACUCCUCUGGCUUACUCUUUGGGGAAACCAACUGGAUGAGCACCACCCUCCCUCCUCUCAGAGGCGAGAUCAAGUCGAAAUCGGUGGACCUCAGACCGUCCCAAGGGUUCAAGAUGCCCCAGAGAUCGCUUUCCGUAUCCUUUGACAUGGCCAAAAAGCGGUCGGUAAAGGCGUUGAGACAGAAAUGGUCCCAUUCGAGGUUGUCUCUUCACGUCAUCCCCUCAGGAUCACUAGAUUCCAAGAGAGAGAGCCCCUCACACCAGUUGAAAACAACAUACACGACGCCGGAGGCGCUUCUAUCGCUGAUUGAGCUUUCCAGUUCCCACUAUAAUGACCCUAACGAAAUCCAGCAUACUUCUGCCCUGAUCCUCAACCUUGACGAUCGCCACUCGGCUUUGAUUCUCAAUCUAGACGAGUACACCAGUCUCGACCCCCUCCCCGAAUCCACCUCUUCGAUGAGUCUCUACACUACCAUGCUCUCUACCAAGGAAUCUUUCCGGAAAUCUAAAAAGCUGAAGAUCAACUUGGCAAACGAACGUAUGUUUUUGUCCAACAUCUCCAACUCGCUUCUCCCACCCUUUUUACAAAGUGGUCAUAGUUCGAUCAGCGAGUUUCAGCGGCACGGCGACUCGAUGGGUGACCCUCAACAAGUGUUUGAGUGGCCCCAGAGCCUGACGAAUCCGUCUGAGAGACAUUCCGAGGAGAAUUCUAAAACCCGUUAUGGAAAUCAUUCUGAGAGCCAUUAUGAAAGUCAUUUUGAAAGCCAUCAUGACCAUCCUGACCAUAUGCCUCGUACGUUUGAGGACCAGGCAAACAACUUCGAAAACGUUGUGCCUUUGGAAUCCCCACAGACCUUGAGGCCUCUCAGCUCACCCUGCCCACUGAGUAGCAUCCCCUCCUCCCAAAGCUCUUCCUUGCUCGUUAGUGCUGUUUCGUCCGGAACCACCGGAAUUAUCACCGGUGAGUCGCUUGAUGAUCUCUACCAGUCAAACUACUCCGGCUAUACCUACGGCCGGACGUCAGAUAUGACCAAGAGCGCCGAACAGGUGGCAGACGUCACCCUCACCUUGGACGAUGAGAUAUUGUUAAGUUGGGACAACCACGGAGAGAUCGAUGAGUUUGCCCAAACAGAGUUUGCCAAGUUUUCGUCCAUGCAUGAUCCCGCACAGCCCCGGGUCAGAUCUUCGAGUAGCGAACUGGCAGUGCAAAGUCUCGCGUUGGAACCGCUUCCAUUGCAAGCCCAAAAUAUUCUUGGGCUUUCUGUCUCCCUCCAGAACGUUUCUUCGACAACCACCGAUUUCCCCCACAAGGACUCCAGCAAAUGGGGUCACACCGCAUCUAGGCUCCAGAAUAUUUCGCCACUGAAGUGGCGCAGCAAUGCGGACAAGUGGCAGUCGCACCAGGAUCAAGUCAAAGAUUCCCGGGUGCUCAGCUUCCACAACGUCUUGCUCACCACGGGUGUCCUCACGGAAGAAGAGUUCACGCUCUCCAGACCGAACCUUGCGUUCCGGAACCGCUCUAACAGCUUUCCACCGCCAGCAUCGCGGUCUGUUUCUGACCACUCCAAGUCCAUAUCCAUUGACGUUGGAGUUGGCACUGAACACGAGGACAUCUCCGACGCCUACUUCUCAGAGUUAAACAGCGACUGGGGCAACGCUAUUUUGCGCAUGAGCACACCUCCGGCCCCAGCAACCGCCUUCGAGACACCCACCGGCUCCCCAAAGCACACCGGGUCGUCCUCUCUCAGCCCUGUGAGACGGUUUCUUUCCGAAAGCCCCAAGAGGUUGCGACGGAAGAUGAGCAUUACUUCCCAUCAGAGGGGAAGCAGCAACGUGGACUUGAGCUACGUGCGCCAGCUCCAAAGCAGCGGCGGCCACCACCGCAAACAGAGCUCGGUUGUGUCGUACCAGACGGUUUUAUCGUCGCAAACCAGCAUUAACCCCGCCAAAAGGGGUGCGAGAGGCCGCACCAAGUCGUCCGUUUCGACCAACUUGCUUGCUGCCAAGUCAUCGGCCGCAUUACACGCUGCGAAAACUAGUGUAAGCAAUUGGGAGCCCCAGCGUGACACUUCCUACCAAAGCAGUGACAAUUCUGAGCCCAGUCUCUAUCCCGAGGAUGUGGUGGGCGAGUACGACCGCGAAAAGUGGCGCACGAUCCAAAAGUUGAGGGAGGAGGAGAAGGUGUGGUACUGCUAGGUACGAGUAAUGAAUUUAAUGAUAAAGAUACCCGUUU